AUGUUUCAGAGGAGAACGAGCGACACCGGGGGCAGGACGCGGAGACCAGGACCUCUAGAAACCGGGUUCCCUGCAGACCUCAAGAGGUUUACGGUUGUUCAAGAAGAGGUUCUCCCUGAGCAGCAGGUCUGGAGCACCAGUCUGGACCAGGAGGACCCAGAGCCCCCUCAUGUCAAAGAGGACCAGGAGGACCCAGAGCCCCCUCACAUUAAAGAGGACCAGGAGGACCCAGAGCCCCAUCACAUCAAAGAGGACCAGGAGGACCCAGAGCCCCAUCACAUCAAAGAGGACCAGGAGGACCCAGAGCCCCCUCAUGUCAAAGAGGACCAGGAGGACCCAGAGCCCCCUCAUGUCAAAGAGGACCAGGAGGACCCAGAGCCCCCUCAUGUCAAAGAGGACCAGGAGGACCCAGAGCCCCCUCAUGUCAAAGAGGACCAGGAGGACCCAGAGCCCCCUCAUGUCAAAGAGGACCAGGAGGACCCAGAGCCCCCUCAUGUCAAAGAGGACCAGGAGGACCCAGAGCCCCCUCAUGUCAAAGAGGACCAGGAGGACCCAGAGCCCCCCCACAUCAAAGAGGACCAGGAGGACCCAGAGCCCCCUCAUGUCAAAGAGGAGCAGGAGGACCCAGAGCCCCCCCACAUUAAAGAGGACCAGGAGGACCCAGAGCCUCCACACAUUAAAGAGGACCAGGAGGACCCAGAGCCCCCUCAUGUCAAAGAGGACCAGGAGGACCCAGAGCCCCCUCAUGUCAAAGAGGACCAGGAGGACCCAGAGCCCCCUCAUGUCAAAGAGGACCAGGAGGACCCAGAGCCCCCUCAUGUCAAAGAGGACCAGGAGGACCCAGAGCCCCCUCAUGUCAAAGAGGACCAGGAGGACCCAGAGCCCCCUCAUGUCAAAGAGGACCAGGAGGACCCAGAGCCCCUCAUGUCAAAGAGGACCUCUGGACCAAUCAGGAGGGAGCGCAGCUUCAAGGUCUGGAGGAGGCUGGUAUCAGGUUCUCAUUCACUCCUGUGAAGAGUGAAGAUGAUGAAGAGGAAGCUCAGUCCUCUUAUCUUCAUCAAAGACUAACUGAACACAUGGAAACAGAAGCUGCUGUAGAGGACUGUGGAGGACCAGAACCAGACAGGAAGUCAGGACCACAUCGACCUCCAGGACCAGAUAAAAGGUCUCACUCCUCUGAGACUGGAGACAGUGAUGAUGGUCUGAAGCUCUGCUGGGGAACCGGGUCCGGUAACAGAACCUCCAGCUGCUCCGAGGAGAACAUCAGGAGCCGAGACGGAACCUUCACCUGCCAGUUUUGCGGUAAAACAUUUUCAAAGUCCUCAAAUUUGACGCGUCACCUGAGGGUUCACACGGGGGAGAAACCCUUCAGCUGCUCCGUCUGCACCACCAGCUUCUCCCUGCGCAGCACCUUGGUGCACCACAUGAGGGUCCACAACGGGGAGAAACCCCUCGGCUGCUCCGUCUGUGGCAGGAGGUUCUCAAAAAAGACCAACCUGACCGCGCACGUGGUGGUCCACACGGAGGAGAGACCCUUCAGGUGCAGCGUCUGUGACAAGAGGUUCACGUGGUCCUCGCAGGUCAAGAACCACAAGUGUAGGAGCCAGAGCUUCGGCUUCCAGGACUGAGCUCACACAGCGGGUACUGGCUGCCCCCGGUGGUGGACUUCUGAACUGCCAUGCAAGAAUAGUCACGGGAUGGAGACUGAGGAACUCCCUUCAACCACAGGACCUUUCUUCAGGGACGAGGAAUGUUUUUGAGGGACUCGUGUUUCGAUAUCAGGGUUUCCUGCUUCAGUGCUUUAUGAAGACAACAUCGAUAUUUCUCGAACAGGCUACCAUCACAAAUUCAGUAUUUGUUUUGGAAGCUUGAGGGCAGAGGAUCGGACCCCAG